CUCCAUAGAAGCCAAGAGUUUGUUGACAGCUUCGCUUGAUGCCACACUGGACUCGGCACCAACGACCAAUUUUAUUUCUGCCUGCUGUGAUCAACAUGCGUUUUUGACACCCUAAACAUAAUGACGGACAUCACGCCCUUAUUUAAUGGCUUCCUCAAGCAGCACGAAACCCCUGCCACCAAACAGAGCUUCAGCGUGGACAGCCUGGACGACUUCCUCAAGGAGGCAUACAGGAUAAACGCCCACAUAUCCUCGCUCCACCUCGAGCUGCGCAAUAUCCGCCAAUCCUAUCUGUCCACCGCGCAACCCCGAAGAAACUUCAUCCGCCCAGCCCAACAUGACCGGCAGCGACCCCUCACCGACCAAGAGCGCGAGGAAAUCGACGCGAACUCGAAGCAAAUGCUGCGCGAGCUCAACGCAAGCAUUCGUACCCUCUCAGAUGCCGAGUCGCUGCGUCGCGAGACGGAAACGACCCUGACCAGGAAGAAGUUCGCUGGCGGUCUGGGAGCCCUGGGGUCUUGGGCAGCUGGUGGAGGUGCGAUUAGCAAGAGUGCGGAACAGUCUGCAGCUGAGGACCGGGCGAACACAAUUAAUACACAUAGAGAGAGCGUGCUAUGGACACUGAGGCAGCGGCUGCAGGAGUGCGUUGGGACGCAGCAGAACAUGAUGGAGGUCCGGCUGAAGCGGGAGAUGGAGAAGAACCAGAGUGUUUUGGCCAAGGCUAGGGGUGCGGAGGCAGCAUCUCUGGGCUCGCUGCAGGAGCCUGGUAGCCCUUCUAGUUCCUCCAAGAGGAAGGCUUCCGAGUCCCUUCCGCCAUGGGAGAGUCAGACGUAUAAUCCUGCGGACGAUUUGACGGAGGAGCAGGUGCAGAUUUUUAUGAAGGAGAACAACGACAUGUUGAAGCACUACGAAAGCACAUUGGAUCAAGUCAGGACCGCAGAGAAGUCACUCAUUGAAAUUUCCGAGCUCCAAACCCAGCUGGUCAACAAUCUGGCAACUCAAUCGGCUCACAUAGAGCAGCUCGUUGCGGACUCUUUCAAGACGACUGAAAACGUAGAAGGGGGAAACAAGCAGUUGAAGCAGGCCACCAAGAAGACAAGCACGGCCAAACUGACGUUUUAUGCCACUUGUGGGGUAUGCAGCUUCUUGAUACUGUGGGACUUGGUAAUAUGAAUGCCCGAAGUGGAUGUCGUCUACUUUGGUUUGAAGAUCACUUGCACAUACGAAUUAGGAGACCUUGACAUGUGAAUUAUUGUCUGAUUCAAUCCAGCCUGCCAUCACAUGCUACACUUCUGUGUUUUGCAGUCGACUUACAAAAUUCUUUACUAUGUAAAAUAGCUCAUUGUGUAGGGCAUGUUACGUUAUCUAUAGGAAAUGCCAAAGCGACGCGAGCGAACUGUAUGAUAAGGUAGAUGGGUCAUUGAGUGGUCUCAUAGGGUUUGUGCACAACUUAGUUAUAUUAUUGUCCAUUCAUGCUCAGUUGCCCUGGAAAGCUGGGGAAUAGAGAAAAUAAUGCCGUUGAGGUGGGAAUCCGGGGUAGCGCUCGGCAAACUCCUCCAACAACCUCGGCCCAGAGAUCAUCGACGGUUCAGCGGCUCAGCGGAAGAAAGGCCCCUACCUCAUGAUGCAUAACGACAUUUAAGGCCCAUACAAAUUCGCUG